UAUAAUUCAGGUUCCGUUAUCGAGUGUUGAGCAGACCAAUGGCCUAAAAACCAAAACAAGUCCACAUAUUUCAGCUGACUUAACAAAAAAAAAAAAAAAAGGCUCAUUCUAUGAUCAUGGUCAGUUAACAAUAAUGGAGUUGAUUCAGUUUGCUACUAGUUCACGUUCUCUAUCUGUUCCUGUCCUCAAUUCUUACUGCAACAAAAACAACAAGGAGAAGGAAUGUGGUGAGUUUGUUAACUUCACAAGCACAAGCAGAAUCAGAAUCAGAAUCAGAAGCAGAUGCUAUUACUCUGUAGUCACUAAAGCCGCUAGAAGGGAUGAGGUGGAGACUGCGGUGGUCGUUGAUAAACCUAAGUUUCGGAGAUAUCAAGUCUCCGAGGGUCAUCCGGCGCCGUUUGGUGCAACUAUUGCUGACGGUGGAGUUAAUUUCGCUAUUUAUUCUUCCGAUGCUGUUUCCGCUUCUCUCUGUUUGAUUUCUCUCGAUGAUUUGACUCAGAAUCGAGUUAGUGAGGAGAUAGCUCUUGAUCCAGUAAGGAAUAGAACAGGAGACAUUUGGCAUGUGUUUCUCAAAGGAGAUUUUAAAGAUACGUUGUAUGGUUAUAGAUUUGAUGGAGUUUUAUCUCCUCAUGAUGGACAUUAUUUUGAUUCUUCUCAAAUUGUAUUAGAUCCUUAUGCAAAAGCAGUAAUAAGCAGAGGAGAAUUUGGUGUUUUAGGACCUGGUGAUAAUUGCUGGCCUCAAAUGGCUGGUAUGAUACCCUCUGCUUCUCAAGCUGAGUUUGACUGGGAAGGAGAUUUACCAUUAAAAUAUCCCCAGAAAGAUCUAGUGAUAUACGAAAUGCAUGUUCGAGGUUUUACACGGCACGAAUCGAGCAGGACUGAAUUCCCAGGGACAUAUCUCGCUACUGUCGAAAAGCUUGAUCACUUGAAAGAACUUGGUGUCAACUGUAUAGAGUUAAUGCCAUGCCAUGAGUUCAAUGAGCUGGAGUACUACAGUUACAAUUCUGUCUUGGGUGAUUACAAGAUGAACUUUUGGGGGUAUUCAACUAUCAAUUACUUUUCUCCUAUGACUAGAUAUUCUUCUGCUGGGACUCGUAAUUGUGGUCGUGAUGCAAUUAAUGAAUUCAAGUUUCUUGUUAGAGAAGCACAUAAACGAGGAAUUGAGGUGAUCAUGGAUGUUGUUUUUAAUCACACAGCUGAAGGAAAUCAGAAAGGCCCUAUCUUAUCUUUUAGAGGAGUUGAUAACAGUGUCUAUUACAUGCUUGCUCCUAAGGGAGAGUUUUAUAAUUAUUCAGGUUGUGGGAACACAUUCAAUUGCAACCAUCCUAUUGUGCGCCAAUUUAUAUUGGACUGCCUAAGAUAUUGGGUACUGGAAAUGCAUGUGGAUGGCUUCCGCUUUGAUCUUGCAUCUAUUAUGACUAGGGGUAGCAGUCUUUGGGACGCAGUCAAUGUUUUUGGGAAUCCAAUAGAGGGUGACUUGCUGACAACUGGCACCCCUCUUAGCAGCCCUCCAUUGAUUGACAUGAUAAGUAAUGAUCCAAUACUUCAUGGAGUAAAGCUUGUAGCUGAAGCAUGGGACACUGGAGGCUUGUAUCAAGUUGGUUCCUUUCCUCAUUGGCAAAUAUGGUCAGAAUGGAAUGGGAAGUAUCGGGAUGUUGUGAGGCAGUUCAUCAAGGGUACAGAUGGCUUUUCUGGGGCUUUUGCAGAAUGCCUAUGUGGGAGCCCUAAUCUAUAUCAGGAAGGAGGAAGGAAGCCAUGGAACAGCAUCAAUUUCAUAUGUGCGCAUGAUGGUUUUACUUUGGCUGAUUUGGUGUCCUAUAACAACAAAAAUAACUUGGCCAAUGGGGAAGACAACAAUGAUGGGGAAAGUCAUAACAACAGCUGGAACUGUGGUCAGGAAGGAGAGUUUGCAAGCAUUUUAGUGAAGAAGUUGAGGAAACGACAAAUGCGAAAUUUCUUUGUCUGUCUCAUGGUUUCGCAAGGUGUUCCGAUGAUAUAUAUGGGGGAUGAAUAUGGCCAUACAAAAGGAGGAAACAACAAUACAUAUUGCCAUGAUAACUAUAUCAACUACUUUCGGUGGGAUAAGAAGGAAGAGUCCUCAUCAGACUUCUACAGAUUUUGCCGCCUGAUGACCAAAUUCCGUCAUGAAUGUGAGUCCCUUGGUUUGAAUGACUUCCCGACAGCAGAGAGGUUACAGUGGCAUGGCCAUUCUCCUGGAAUGCCAGAUUGGUCUGAGACAAGCCGAUUUGUGGCCUUUACACUGAAUGACUCGGUAAAAGGAGAGAUCUAUGUGGCCUUCAACGCUAAUCAUUUGCCGGUUACCAUCGCCCUGCCAGAACAGCCAGGAUACAGAUGGCAGCCUUUGGUAGACACUGGCAAGCCUGCACCAUUUGACUUCUUUUCCAGCGACAUUCCUGACAGAGACAUUGCUUAUAAACAGUAUGCUCAUUUUCUUGAUGCAAAUUUGUACCCUAUGCUUAGUUACUCUUCCGUAAUCCUCACCCUUUCUCCAGACGAUAUUGCUUAAGCCUGGAACACAAUUCGAAAGUUCUGCUUCAAUAUCAGCCGUACAUAUUUUUUCGAAUUUCUGGGAAACCAUUCAUGGAGCCUAGUGCUAUCUAAAUUUACAAUUCAGUUACUGUAAUGGGAAGAUAAAGCAUGGAGUGAAAAACAGUUGCUAUAUUCUCAGUUAA